AUGGGCGACGCGAUAAGGUUCAAACGAUCUCCAUCAAAGUCUUCGUCUUCUUGGUCUUUGUCUUCGUCUUCUUGGUCUUUGUCUUCGUCUUUCUCAGACUCAGAAGGAAUUGGAGUUUUAGUUGGAGUUUUCCUAGUUUUUUUCGUUGGAAUUGAUGUUGAUGCUGAAGAGGAGCUCAAAGAAGCUUUCAAAGUGUUUGACAAGGAUCAAGAUGGCUACAUAUGUGCUGAAGAGCUUCAGCACGUGAUGAUCAGUCUAGGGGAAAAAUUAAGUGAUGAAGAAGUGGAGCAGAUGAUUAGGGAGGCUGAUUUGGAUGGAGAUGGACAAGUUAACUAUGAUGAAUUUGUCAAGAUGAUGAUGAUGAUCACUAUUUGA